AUGGCAUAUCAGGCACGAUGUGGUGAGUUUUUUGGUUACUUCCACCGAGCUAAUAUUCGGUCCACAGAGUACACGACCAAUUCACAGUUCCGACAGCGGUUCACAGCAUGCCCCUCUCCUUCCUACUCAAACUUAAACCCCCUGCUCCAUCCCCAGACUCUGUCCUCAGUCAAGUCCGACUGGGUCUCGCACCUCCCUGGCGAGCGUCUCAUUUACAUCGGUUUAAGGAAAGAGGACAAGGGCGGGAUGAAGAUGUUGGAGGAACGCUGCAUUAAAGCGUUUAUUAUGCACGAGGUUGAUCAGCAUCACUAUGACAUUGGCAAGAUGGUUGAAAUGGUGCUGGACUAUGUUAAUAUAAUGGGAUUGCUCUAUUCACCUGACCUUUGA